CUGUCAGAGCUCCUACAUAAACCCCUUGUGAUCCAACGUGGCCACCUGGGUUCCGCAAGAGGUCUAGGCACAAAUGGUUUCGUUGGUGAGGCGACGCGCGGGGAGCGCGCAGAUCCCUACAACUUUACCUCUAAGCUAAAAAAGUAAGUUCCUUUGGCCGCCGAUAUAUAGUGUGCCAUCCUCUGCACACACACCUUGCAGGGCCAAGAGCGUGGAGACACAGCAUGAGCACACCGACACCGAUGAGCAUGGGCGGCUGGGUCGUCGUCGGAGCAGCGCAGCCGCCUAAGCACGCCCAAGCGUCGUCCAAGCAGCAGCUACAGCAACAGCAACAAGCGGAAGCUAUUGUCCAAGCUUGGCAGCAGCAGCAGCACCACCAACAACAGCAACAACAACAGCAGCAGCAGCAGCAGCAGCAAAUGUUGGCGGAGAAGCAGCAGCAACAGUAUCUGCUCGCCCAGCACCAACAACAACAACAGCAGUAUGCUCACGCGGCACAGCUUCAGGCGUAUCAGGAGCCGCAGAAGAUGGCCACGCCCCAGCCAAUGGGCCUGGCCGCAAACAAAGCCGUGCUGCCCUCUCCCCCACCCCAGUAUUCGCCUACCGCAGCCCAGCUUUCCGUCAUCACAGCCGACGACAUCUUUCUUUCAAUGCGCCAAUUUGUGCGGGUAGACGUGGGCUCGCCGGUCAGCAUGCUGCCCGGUCUCGAGGAGCGGGGCCUGAGCGUGUCUGACUUUCAGAUCAUCGUGGCGCGCGUAAAGCAUAUCAAGUCGAAGAGCGACACCAACAAGGUGCUUCUCAUUGUCGGAGUCGGCUGGUUGUGGCAGCACCUGCACAUUCUCGGCAACAUCCAUCUCCGGGAUCAGCUCAAGCCUGUCUUGGUCGAGUACAACAAGGCCCUUGCAGCAAAGGGCGCCCUUGUUCGGGUCCUCUGGUGCGAGGGUUGUCUCCGCUUCUAUUACGCAUAGCGUUCGCACCUAAAUCCACUAGCACUAUACCCCUCUAAUGUCUGGAACAGUCCCGUUGAAAGAGAAGCCGACGAGACAUUGACACAAGCGGCAUUUCCCGAUGCUAGUUCCACGCCGUGCAAAACACCUGGCCAGCUUAGAGUGGGGCACUCUGUACCCUUCUUAGGCAUCGUUUUCGGCCCUUGCACACGCCGUCGCUGCGUCGAUGCAGCCAGGGUGAGAACAAGGGGCCGUGGACGCAACCGCAGUGGGCGCGAUAUUAGGCCUCAGCUUGCCUCGGAGAGACACCUGUACGAAGGGCGUUUUACACGCUUCCGAGCCGC